AUGAGUGCUCUUUACAAAUGGCUCGGCCGGGCAACGAUGUCGCGCAAAAGUAGGAAAGCUAUUUCCGUCUCUUCGACUAAAGUCUACUUUGACAUUGCUGUCGAUGAAAUUCCAGCGGGGAGAAUCGUUUUCAAGAUAUUCGACGACUUGGGCGAGUGGACGGCUCCUUACUGCGACAAUUUUCUCAAAUUAGUGUCGGAAGGGAAGUUUAUCGGAUCGGAAUUCCAACGAGCCGGCCUUGGCCGUGGGGAGGCUGUCGCGUUCUCCACGAUUGGUAAAAGCGACGUUGACCUUUUCGAAUUGAGAAAACUUUGGGAGUUUAUGCUGCGCGCACACCCUUACCUCGAACAGAACACUGACAAUCCACUUGUGCACAACAGGGAGGGACUCCUCACGGCAGUAACGCGCAUUCCUGAGCGAUAUUUACGCAAAGAAGAUUUCAUGCGUCAGCUUAUUUCAGGCAGGAAUCCGCACGCAGAGACAAUGUUUGGGAUCACAUACGAUGCGCACGCAGACAUGGACGGCAAGUUCCAAGUUAUCGGCGAAAUCGAAGAAGGUUGGGACAGUUUGAUUGAGAUCGAGUGUGCCUGCGUGCAACCGGUCGCCUACUACUACCCCAACAAUCAGCAUUUGAUGGCACUGGCGGAGCAAACGGGCGCAGACAAAGAUCCGCUCUUGUUGGAAAGGAUCGCCCUCGGCCUUCAGUCGGACACGUACAUUCCCGGUAUGAUUGACAGACAGCUCGCCCUGGACGCAGCGGAGGAGACCACCCAUAGUGAGGCUGAUGAUGAGAACAAAACUAACUAUUCGGAAAAGAUUAAUUCUGAGGAGAAAUCGCUCAGAAGUAACGAACAAAGAAAGGAGGAAAUUUUGAAAGGUGUACCCGUGGCGUUGCGGCCGACAUUUGAAUCGUCGGAAACGGCGCUAGAAAAAGAGAAAGAAAAGUGGCUCGCGUGGGAGAAGAAGUCCGAGCUCGACAUUGUGACGAUGAACAAGCGGCAGAAUUUCCUGAAUAUGGAGAAGAAAGAUUACUUAUGCAGUAACAUGGUAGAAUCGGGAUCGGAUUCGGCUCGAGAGUCCGAAUUUGGAGUGAAAGUCUCAAUUCAAGCCUUGAAAGGGCACCCCUUUGUGAUUCUAGAGGGUUCAGAUGCCAAGAAAAAGUUCGUCCCGGCACCUAAGAAAGCCGACUUUGAUUCGAACCUUUCUGACGAUGAGCAGCUGAUAGCCAGAAAUGAUGCUAACGAGUUUAUGCCGCAGUCGGCAUCGCACACUCUGGACAGAGAGUGGGAGUACCAGCAGUCUGUGAGCAAGCAGCCGCAAAAUUACGCUCGCCCUGAUUCUUAUCGAUCUAAUCCUACGCGGAUGUCGGACAAUCAACGACUUAACGUCUCUUCCUAUCAGUCUGCCCCAACGCGUUCCAAUCCCUACGGGAAUGCCAAAUCGAAAAGCAACGUUGAUGAGUUCGGACGUCCUGGCAAAAUCGAUCUCAUCGACAAUAACUCUCUUGAACGGUUAACUUCCAAUGAUCACAGAGUUUCAGCUGAGAACUCGCCAAUCCAUUCUCGUGGCUCGAGUAGACAUGGAAGUUUAACGCCGCGUAAUGAGCGUUUAAUAAAUUCUAACCAGGGUCGCUACUUUGCAUUACAUGCGUCCUCUCUCGAGCGUCCUCCGUCCACCAAACCUAGGACGAUAUCGCAGGACUCGGAUGUCCAAGCGUCGCUCCGCUCUGCCACGGGCUUUACCGACGACGAGACCACUUCCAUCAGAUCGAUCAGCUCAAUCCAACGACGAGAACGCCGCGCACCAUCCCAUCGCGUCAUCCAAGAGACCGAUAACUUCACCGACGGUGGACUUGAUAGCAUGGGCUCGAUCAGACUCGAGGAUUCGCAGCACAUCUCUCGCGGCCGAGUCUACAGAGAGGAACGCAACUCGCAGGACUCAGCUACUGACGCAAACAUCAAUCGUUUCGAGUCCGUCGAUUCGGCCCAAUCUUUCCCUGCUCCGCCGGCGUCAAACGGCUCCUCCGACCACAGCAUACACUAUCUCAGCGAGUCUUCAAAUGACUAUCAGCAUAAACUAGCAGCAGAAGCUUCAUACGAAACGCAGACCGACGACUACUCCGCUCACCAACCUUUAAAAUCCCUCUCAUCCCGUCAACUAGUGAACGCUUUGAAAGAGUCCAGUCCGCUUCAAAAUCGUCCGAUGCAAGACCUACCACCUCGCUUCAUUCCCGCACCUUUACCAGCCGUCAACGAAACCGAAAAGGAGCUCAAACAUUUGCAGUCAAAGUUUGAAGAUAUGCAAGACGAAGCCGCUCAUGGAAAAAGCGAGAUGGAACGCGUAAGAGCUCUUCUGGAGCGCAAAGAAAAGGAGCUCGCUGCUCUCCGGAAAGUACUGAGAGAUGAGCUGGUCACACAUGAUCAAGAAAUCACGAAACUUCGCAACAUAAAUCGACAUUCAAUUGAGAACCUGAAACUAGAGAAGGAAUCACUAAACUCGAAAUUGCUUGAGAAAGAAGCAGAACUAGAAUCAGAGGGCUACGAUGAAGAUAUGCGUGAAAAGGUUUUUGUCGACAACCUAAAAAUGACCAAAGAAAUCUCACAACUUCGUCAGUUGAUAAACGAGGCAAAAGCUACGGAGGAAGCACUAUCGCGUCAGUUAGACGAGCAAAGCGCUGAAUCUGAACGUCUGAACAAGCAAUUAAUGAUGGCUACAGACGAUGACUUGUUUAUCGCCGAAAUCGAGGUCCUAAGAAAAACGAAAGAACUUUCCAGUGUGCGGACAGUAAGAAUCGAAACGCAAAACCACCAGCAAGCAACCGAGCUCUUGCGUCUCCGUCGGGAGAAGGAAAUUAUAGCCAAGAGAUUACAGGACGCAGAACGGUUAUCUGGUCAAGCGACAAAGUCAGCGGCGAAUCUGUCAGAAGAAACGUCCGUUAUAAUGAGAAACGCAGAGGAGUGGGAGAAAAGGGCAGAUCUUGCUGAAGCUCAAAUGCAAGAACUCAAGCGCCGUCUCGGUGUAAUGAUGGAAGACAAUCGAAAACUGAACGAGCAGCUUGACAGCCAAAAAGUGGCAGUCAUUGAAUCGGAAAAAGAAAAACUACAGGCCGAAGCGAAAAAUCGAGAGUUGCAAUUCCAGCGCGACGCUGACUCCCGAAAGAUUAUUCAACUUGAAUACGACAUCAAGUCAAAAGCAAAUGAGCUCAACCAAAUCGAAACUCUCAACGACAAUACGAAGAAGGAGGAGGCCUUGCAAAAAGAGUUGGAUUUCGUCAAAGAGGAGCUAGUUCUUUCACAGAAGCAAGUAAUGAUCGCCGAGGAGAAAAAUACGAAAGUGCAAUCUGAGCUCCGUCGAAUGGACAAGGACAUUGAAAACGAGCUGAAGGAAAGAGAACUCAUCGUCCAGGAACUCAAAGAAACAACUGCUUCUAAGAAAGAUUUGGAGGCGUCCUUAGAGCAAAUCACAAAGGAGCGCGAUGAGCUCUUGCAAGAGACGAAAAAACACAAGAACAUGCUCGACCAUGUAGAAGACGACAAACUAAAUCUUGAGGAGCAAAGUUCCGAAUUAGACGCAAUCAACAGAAAGAUGCGUCGAAAUAUCCAAGACCUUACUGAAGAAAUCAAGGAUAAAGAUGUCGAAAUUGAAGAAUUGAAGUUCCGAAUUAGUUCCGAAGCUGGUUCUACUACAGAUUUGAAAACAAGCAUCGGUGAUCUGGAGCGGGAACUCAAGUCUGUCAAUGACGAGCUCAAAUAUAGAUCGGAAUUGCUAGAAGAGCGAACGAGCGAGCUUGACACCUCUAAGGACUCAGAACGCCGCUUGCGAAUGCAACUUGAAGAGAUGGAUCAACGCGUUCAAGAGUUUUCGCAAACAACUGUUGAAAACGAGGAUCGUGUUAAAUCACAAACUUCAGAAAUCUCCCGGCUUCAGACAGAGAUCAAGAAUCUUAAGACAAACUUGAAGCAAACGGAAGAUCAACUCGCCAGGCAGGAAGAAGAAAACAAUCGUCUCAAGCGUAUCAAACAUGAAAAAGAAAUCGCGAUCGAUACCAUGGAGGACGCCUCGCGGGAGCAAGUGCAAGAAAUGCGUAGACAAAUUGAAGACAGGCAAAAGGACAUUGUUGGCUUCAAAAGUAAAAUUGCCUCGCUUGAAGAAGAAAUUGAGCAUACAGAACAACGGAGAUCAGAACAGCUCAACAAAAUCCUUGACCUUGAGAAUCAAAAGCGGCUCUUUGAUCAGUUCAAGUCGCAAAACGAACUCGCGCUCAAAGAGAAAGAUCGCAAAAUCGAAGGCUUCGACGAGAAAUAUCGCAAGUUGGACGACGACAACCAAAAGUUCCUCAAUCAAAUCCGGGAGUUGAAUCAAACAAAGAGAAGCAUCGAAAAAGAGCGCUUCGAUACGAGCUUGGAGAAUGAAGAGAUCCAGCGAAAGCUUCGUGAGGCUGAGCGAAAGAUUCGCGACCUUGAAAGGAAAAUUAGCAAUCAAUCCGAAUCCGAUGUCAAGCUAGCUGAGUUACAAGCAGAGCUCGACGAAAAGGUACGUGCUAAUCGUCGACUCACAGAAAAUCUGGACAAAGCUCAAGAAAAAGUGGUUCUUGUCGAAUCGGAGUUGCGAAAAUCUCAAGGGAUCGUCAAGGCGAGUGAAACACGAAAAGGCCAAGAAGCUCGUCGACGCGACCAACUUGAACUCGAGCUUCAAGCUAAAACUGAAGUCCUCAAUCAAGCCAACGACAAGAUUUCGGAGCUCGAAGAUAUCCUACAUGAGAAGUCAAUUCUGAUGACAACCCUCGAGCGAGAAAACCAAAAGAUCCGGGAGAAUCUUGACGACGAGACUAUCAUUAAAGAUAAUGCUGAGAAUCGAGUUGAGAAGCUGCAAGUCCAAUUAGCGGCUGCUGACGAGCGAUACAAAGGUCUUGCGACUAAACUGGAAGGCAUGUCUGGUGGAAAGGUUCCAGACUUGCAACCUGAAGUCGAUCGUCUCACAAAAACUAUCGACGAAAAAUCACGACAACUUGCUCAGGCGGAAGCUCGCGUUGCACGUAUCCAAAGAGAGCUGGAAGCUCAGAUCAAGAUGCAGCCUGGUAGUGACGCCGAAGCACGGCGAAAAAUCGCUGCGCUGAAAAAGCAGCUCGAAGAUGAGAGACAUCGAAACGAUGAACUUCAAGAUGCAGUAAGGAACCAGGAACAUCGAAAUAUCGAAGGCCAGGCUAAACUCGUUGAGGGAGAUCACAAAAACUUCGAAAAGGAACUUUUCAGAAUGCGAAGAGCACUUGAAGAAAAGGAUCGCAAAAUUGCUUCUGCAGAGGAAACGAUUUUGAAGCAAAAAGAGGUCAUCGAGGAACUUGACAAUAUUCAAAAGCAGUCAGAAGACGCGGCACUGAACGAAAUGCAAGGCUAUAUGACAGACACUCGGAGCCAGUUCGAGACAAUGCGCAAACAACUUCAGCUAAAAGACCAAGAAGUCGCCAAGCUCAAGAACGAAAAGGAAGUUCUAGAGUCAGACCUAGACAAUAUCGAGGAAAAAUAUGAGCUGCUUGAGGAGCGAUAUGAAAACACGCGCAAAGCAAAGAACGAUCAGGGCACGACUAUCGAGGAGACCGCCUCCCUCAUCAGGGAACUAAGAGACAAAUUACUCGAGUCGCAAUCCGAAGUGACGCGCCUUAAACGUCGCCUAGAAGGCACUGUGGCGUCAAAAGACGAGAAUGAGGAUGAGCUUGCUGACUUAAUGGCGGAGAAAGAAAAUCUUCAAACUCGCUUCGAUCACAUCGCGAGCCAGCUGGCCACGGUAGAGCUAGAAAAUGACGAACUCAAGGGCGAGCGCGAUGAGUGCUUUGUCGACAUAGAAAAGCAAAAAGAAGUUAUCGCUACGCAAGAGGACGAGAUUGAGAUCCUUAAGAGUCAGGUGGAACUUGCCCAGCGAGAAGCCGAAAAACAAGCAAAUCAAAUAAGCCACGGGCAAAUUGAUUCAAAAGCCGUCAAGUCACUCGCAGACAAAGAACUGCAAGAGUGGAAGAAAAAGUGCGAUGAUCUCGAAAAGCGUCUUCAAGAUGAAACGAAGGAAUUGAAGAUUAUCAUGGAACAGCACAAGAAAACGGAGCAAAAACUGCGCCAUGUUCUGUCCCAAGCCGAAAACUCCUCCAGUAAAAAUAACGCCAACAACGAAGUGCUCGAACUUCGACUGAAAUCCAUGAAGCAGCAACUUGACAUUUCCGAAAGCGAGCUUGAUCUAGCUCAAAACGAGAAAAGAAAGUUCCGUGACGAGUGUUCAGCCAAAGAUGAAGAACUAACAAACCUUUCCAAGCAAAUCGCCUCUCUUCAAGCUCGUCUUCGCAUCGCAGAAGCGUCUAAAAGCGGCCAAAUGGAGAUUACUACUAUCUAA